AUGAAAUCGGAAACCCCAACCCAGGAUGUUGUAACCUUGCCGCGAGAGCCACCAAAUGGUCACGCUACAAAACCAGGUGAUCCUGAAGCUUCCCAGACAAAUUCCGGCCAUGAGCCAGUCCCGAGAACUCAGAUCGAUCCAAGCAGCCUGCCGACCAGAGAAACCAUUAGGAUGAACGGCGCAGUUGCGUCUGCCGCCCAAGCCCCUUCUCAAUCAAUUUUCCAGCCUCCAGACCCCCUGACGCUCCGCUACGCCCGCCAACUACUCCUCCCCCAACUCCACGGUCUAACCGGCCAGAAGCGUCUCCAGCAAUCCCGCAUCCUAAUCAUAGGUCUAGGCGGUCUCGGUUGCCCUGCCGCGCUGUAUCUCGCCGCUGCUGGCGUAGGCACGCUCGGGUUUGUCGAUGGCGAUGUGGUGGAGGAGAGCAAUCUGCAUCGACAGGUGCUGCAUAGUGAGAGCAGAGUUGGGAUGGAGAAGUGUAGGAGUGCGAGGGAAGGUGUGAAAGCUGUGAACUCGGGAUGUGUGGUUGAGGUCUAUGGUGUGAGGGUUGGAGGAAGGGAGGUGCUUGGGAUUCUGGAGGGGUGGGUGCGGCCUGAUGGGGAGGCUGAUGAGGGCGGUGAACUACAGCGGCAGGAAGCAGGGCUGAACGGCGACACGGAAAGACCUGGGCGAAGAGCACAAAAAGCAGAUGGGCGGACGUCCAACUGGGACUUGGUGUUGGACUGCACCGACAAUCCGGCGACACGAUAUGCGAUCAAUGAUGCAGCUAUGCUGUGCGAUGUACCGCUGGUCAGUGGUGCGGCGCAGAGAGGCGAGGGCAUGCUCAUGGUGUUGGGCUUCAAGUGGGCGGUCAGAGGGCAGGAGGACUCAGACCCAACUUCAGAUGCAUCAGCAGGAGACGAGAUCUCUGCUGCGCAAUACAUCACGAACACUUCAUCCCAUUCCGAUCCGCCACCGCCACGACCUCUCUCACAACCCAUUGCCGGCCGCGGCCCCUGCUAUCGCUGCAUCUACCCCGUCCCUCCCGACCCGACCACCGUCGCCUCCUGCGCCGAGAUCGGCGUCCUCGGCACCGCCGUCGGCACCAUCGGCACCCUGAUGGCGCAGGAAGCCCUCAAAUUGCUCGUGCUCCCCAAUGAGACUCGCGUGCUGGCACAGGAUGAUCUGGCUGGGCGGAGAGGGGAGAUGCUGCUGGUCAAUGCGUUCUCUGCGCAGGGUCUGCGGGGAAUGUUCAGGGGUGUGGGGUUGAGGGGGCGGCGGAAGGGGUGCCUGGGGUGUGUUGACUAUGAGGAGUGGUGUGGAAGGGUGGAAGAUGUGAGGGUAUUGAGUAGGGACCGCGGGGAACGAGUCACGGCGAGAGCGUUCCUAGAGGGGCUGCGGACGCAGGCGUCGGAAGAUAUCGAGAGAACUGGUGACAGAGGCACAGGCAAGGUGACCAUCGUGGACGUCAGGGAGGAGAUCGAGGUCGAACUGGGAGCCAGACUUGAAGGCGCCACCAAUUUACCGUUCUCGAGGAUACACAGAGAUCCGGAGGAGGCUUUCGCUGAGUUUGUCAAAGAAGAAAACUCGGAAGCGAAGGUAUACUUUGUCUGUCAGCGAGGCAACGACAGCCAGAUCGCGGCCAAGAGUCUGAUGGUUCUGGAUGAAAGGCUAGGAAGAAGACGGGGCUGGAUAGGUGAUGUCGAAGGAGGGUUCGUUGCAAUGGAGAAGGUCACGAUAUGA